GUUUUUGUUUUUUUCCCCUAGGUGCUGAUACAACAACAAAACCUUACCCGAGGGAUGAACAUUCGGCUUGUGAGGACAUCUUUUUAGAAUCAGUCUGAGAGAGUGGACAUACUGAUUUCCACAUGGAAACCAAUUUUGUGGAUGGAUAGAGUUUUACUCAUACUCAGAGAUUGAAAAGUGAUGCCAUCAGCAUAUCGCCAGAAUAAUCCCAUCAUGGAAAAGCAGAAAUCAUUGAAUACUGUUGCUUCAACACAGUAUGGAGGGGAAUCAAGUACCUUCAUCUGCACUGAGUGUGGUGAUGGGUUCAGUCAGUACUCUCAUGUGUUGACCCACAUGGCCAUUCAUGGACCUUUGGAGUCAUUUUCCUUUGAUGGCUCAUCCAAUGGAUUUGAAGUCCCUCGAGAAUAUGUGCUACAAGAAAAUGGUACGCUGACAGUUGUUAAUGGCUUGGAGUCACAUCCUUCUGUAAAACCAGCAUCUCCUGGAGUCCUGCCAUCACAUUUCCCAACACCUGUCAAACCAGUAUCUCCAACUCUGAGGCCACAGCCCUCUCCUUAUAGAGAUGUAUUCAGACCAAAGCCAUCAGACUUGAACUUGGACAAGUCUCGUCAGGGCCAUUACCGUUGUGAAAUAUGUAGCAGAUCAUUUAAUACACUGCAGAGUUUACAUCGCCACCAGCAGUAUCGAAACACAGAGCGAGGUUACAAGUGUACUUUGUGUUGUAAGAUCUUUGAAGGUAGACAGGACCUUAAGAAACACCUCCAAGACCAUGCCAAUGAAAGGUUUCUCUGUUGUAGUCACUGUGGUAAGCGAUUCCUUAAAGUGGAUGCACUUAAUGCUCAUCAAAAAGAAAAUCACCCCUCCCCCAAGGCUACAGCUUUGGGUAAAUCUGUGAAUAAGCAGGAAAAAAAGAUAGAGAAAACGUAUCCCUGUAGGAAGUGCAAGUUGAAUUUUUUCUGGAUGUCAGAUUUUCAGACACAUUCGUUGCACCAUUGCAAAGGAAAAGAGCGUAAUGCUACUUUAGCAAAUGAAAUCGAACUUGAAGUGAACUCUAAAAACACAGAAGACACCCCACUUGAAAACUGCUACCGUAAUGGCACAUCUGUUGACGUUAAGAAUGGAGAUAGUAAAAUCUUUAGCGACACUGGCAAUGAGAUUGAUACCGCCUCCUCUUUUACACCAUACAGAUGUGGUUUAUGUGGGGAUCGUUUCCAAAAGCUAACCACUCUGAAAGAGCAUCAUCUCACACAUCAAACUCAGGAGGAAAUAGAUAAGCUGAACCAAGAAUCACAAAAAACAUUUAAGCGAAGAAUGCCACCUAAAGCUAGACGUAGGAGAGGGGGUAAUCCAAAUGGCAAGUUGCAUCCCUGCAAGCACUGUCAUCGUGUCUUUAAUCAUUCUAGUAGUUUAUCUCGCCACAUGAGAUACCAUAAGGGUACGAUGCACACGUGUUCAUUUUGUGGAAGACAUUUUCCACAGCGCUGUGAUUUGAGAAGGCAUGUAGCCAUGUAUCACAAAUCUGAAAUGGAAAAGAAACCAGGUUUAAAACACUUGCACACAAACCCACAAAAUGGGUCUGCCCCCAGUUCUCUCAAUGGUGAGAAAACUCCAGGCUCUCCUGACGAGAAAAAUAAGAGCUCCUCUGACAAUGAACAAACAGGAUCACCAGAGCAGUCAAGAGGGAAACCCGGAAAAGCAGGCCGAGUUAACUACAAGUGCCAGGAAUGUGGAAAGAGAUUUGGGCUGUUGUGUGUAUACCAACGGCACUUGCGCUAUCACAAAAAGGAACCUAGUAAGUGCCCCAAGUGUCCAGCUCAAUUCAGGAACCCCUCAUCCCUUGAGCUUCACCUUCAGAAUCACCCAAACACAGGGGAAACAAAUGAUGUUGGACAAACAUCUCAAGGCACUGGUUCCAGUGAGGACCCUGUCCUAGAAAAGGGUAAUGCAGAGGACAUAGAGGAUGACUACAUGGACCAUACUGCAGAUGAUAAAGAAAAGUCUUCAGAGGAUCUUUACGAAUGCACUGAGUGCACUGAGACAUUCUCAUGUUUGGACACGUUUCUUCAGCACCAGACCUCUCAUGGCUCAGAAAACAAUGGGUAACUAUCCUUUUAGACCCAUUAAUUAUUGUUAUUGCCAACAAUCAAGCUCCUCAGGAGUUGAGUGUUUUUGACUCUACUGAAUGCAAACUUCGGAAAAACUAUAGACUGAUGUAAAGUUUCUUUUGUAACAUUAUUUUGAAUUACUAUUUGAAUUGCUGAACUACUUUUAUACACUUUUUUUCUUUGGCAUGAAAAGAAAAAUUCUGUUUAUUGGUGAAUUUUAAAAAAAAACAAACAAUGGGAAACAGUAAGUAAGGCUUGGGUGGUGAGGAUACCAAAUACUUUUUUGCAUAAAAUUGAAAAUUAAAAAAAAAGCAAAUGUCUGACAUCUGUAAAUUGCAAGUUUAAAUCUAGGGUUCUCCCACAGGCUACAAGUGUAGUUAACUUAGUAGCCCACCAGUUGUUGUCUAGCUAGGAUGAUUUUGUUGCUUUUCAUUGUAUUUUUAGUGGAUACCAUUGCUGUUAUUGUCAAUCAUAUUACUGCAUUUUCCAUUGUUUUACUUGCAAAUAUGUGAUUUUGAGAUUGUCUUUAAAAUGUGGUAUGUGUAUGUCUUCCUUUUUAAAGGGCAGCAUUGUCAUGGAAUGGAUUUUUAAAAAUUGUGCCAUUAAAGUUGUACAGAUAAA